CCAGUGUCGACAGUAUAUAUUGUUCAGCAGUAGAGGGGCUGGUAUCAGAAGCUUCUGAAACACUUAAACAUGAACACCAAGGUCUUCAUCCUUCUGGGUCUGGCAGCCAUUGCUGCUGCAGACAGUUUUGAAUCCUAUGAAUACAGGCCACCACAGAGACGCUCCUCCGAGGAAUCCUACGAGUCCGGAGAGGCCAAGUACGACUUCCAAUGGGCCGUAAAGCACGACGACUCCGGCAACGACUUCGGACACCAGGAAGCCCGUGACGGUGAAGACACUCAGGGAUCCUACUACGUGCAACUCCCCGACGGCCGCCUCAGACUGUGAGAUACGUCGUGGACGGCGAUGACGGCUACGUG